CUAACAUUCGAAGCGAUCGGACGCGAGUUCUAACAGUGUCUGGGAGAAGCGGAGAAGCAUAGUUUAUACAUACAAACAAACAAUCUUAAACGUUUACAUAUCAGAGGGAUUUUAUCGCCACAACGUGCACAUCUCACGUAGCUAGAUAAGGAUUCAACCAUAUAAUUAUGACAGAAAAUUGUCUGAGCGAUUUGUGUACCCAAAAUGAAGUGGAAGGAUUAUCAUCCGAAUCGACUGUUUCGGCUGGAGUCUACUUUGGCUUUUGCACCCUGAUCUCUCAUAUUCUGCUAACCGGAAUCACUGUGGCCAUUGUCUAUAAGUGCUUAGUCUUGAAACUGGUUCAUACAGCUGGACAUGCCUUCUAUUGUACAAUUGGGUUUGUCUUUUUCAUGGGCGAAGCUCUGCUAGUGCGAAAUAGUCAAUAUUUGGAGAAUCUGUUGGGACAUCUGAAUCUAAAUCGCUUGCACGCCAUCCUGGGACUGCUUGCCUUUGUUGUUGGGAUCGGCGGCGUUGGGAUUAAGACUUGGCAGAAGUUGGAACGCAAACGCGAAGAUCCGGAGGCAAAGGUUCGGCAUUUCAAGAGCAAUCACGCUUUCUAUGGUAUAGUCGGUUGUGGGCUUCUGCUCGGCAGUGUGAUCAGUGGUGUUCCCCUCUACUUUGGUGCCAGCAGCAGCUCAACGAUCAAAUUCCUACAUCGCUUCUUCGGUCUAAGUGGUUUCCUUCUGCUGAUGGUAUCGCAAAUGUUUGGCUACAAUACAGGAUUCGGUCGACGUCAAUGGAAGCCUCAUCAUCAGAAAUUGUUUAAAUUUUUUACAUUCAUCGCCACCAUUACGACUGUGAACUAUGAAUUCAGGAGAUUUGUGAGAGACAUCAUUGUGUGGAUCAGCCGUGGCCUGUUUGAGGCUGCUUCUAUCCAGCACAGAGAAGAUCUAUAAACUCACUUGCCCAAAAUAGAACAAUCAGUUCGCAUUUCAGGAACAAAAAUUCAUGCAAUUAGCAAAGAAUAUAUUACAUUUAGUUAAAUCAUUAUAAAUAAGCCUAGCUAAAAUACAGUUUAACUGAUAAGAUACAAUUUCCUCAAAUUUUAAAAUUAAAUGCAUUUUUUUUACCACUUUAAAGACUUGUUAUGAGAAUGGAUGUAGCAGGAUGAAAAGAAGUCAGAAAGUCAGUCUAUUUGGGCCAGGUUUGAACCGUGUCUAUCAGAGUGUAACAGCAUUGGCUCAUUCUCUUCAAAUUAAUAAAUUGAAACGGAUUAUUUAAUCAAAGGCUAAAAAAACGCCAUUGAAUGUAUAAUUGUUCGAUAACUUUAUUGUGUGAUUAUAAUAAUUGUACGAUACAUACAUUUUUUGAUUAUAUAAGUUUCUUGUUUGUUGUUUCAUAACAUACAUUAACAUAAGACACAUUCCUUCAAUUCAGUUUCGGAUUUGUGGAUGAAAGGAAAAUAAAGCAAUCACCAAAUGUUUCUUACAUACAAAAUAAAUUGACAAAUAAUACGCGGAUUCUUAGCAUUUUUGACAUAAUGGGCGUUAGUAGUACACAUUACAUUAAACUUAAAUGAUAUGGGAAUAAUUGUAUA